GUCGGAGGUCACAUCAGGUCAGGUCUUUGAUGUUUGUUGUCUUCCUCUCCAGGAAGCGUCCGCCAUGUUGUGACAUCGUGUGAACCAGCGCUUCCUUUCUCUUUGAUUGCCUGAUCUUGACAAGCAUCACGCCAUGUCCAGCGUCUCUUUCCCUCGCCAGAGGUCCUCGGUCAAUCCGGCGCCUUCUUACUGGCCGCUGCACUUCCUGCUGCUGGAGCUGCUGGUGCCGGGAAGCCUGCCCAACAUGUCCAGACUGCCGGCCGCCACCAAGCGCGAGAUCCUCAUGGACGGCGACUUGGUGAUCGGCGGCCUCUUCCCGGUGCACCACAAGGGCGAAGGCACGGAGGACUGCGGGAAGAUCAACGAGGAGCGAGGCAUCCAGAGGCUGGAGGCCAUGUUGUUGGCGCUGGACGAGAUUAACGCCAGCGAUCGCAUUCUUCCUGGUCUCCAGCUGGGGGCGCACAUCCUGGACACCUGCUCUAAGGACACCUACGCCCUGGAGCAGUCCCUGGAUUUUGUCAGGGCGUCACUCACCAAGGUGCACGACCCGGGUUUCAUCUGUCCCGAUGGCUCGCGGCCCAUCCAAAAUGAAGUCCCGCUGGCGAUAUCGGGGGUCAUUGGAGGGUCCUACAGUGACGUGUCCAUUCAGGUGGCCAACCUCCUGCGACUCUUCCAGAUCCCUCAGAUCAGCUACGCCUCCACCAGUGCCAAGCUGAGCGAUAAAUCCCGCUACGACUACUUUGCCCGCACCGUGCCCGCCGACUUUUACCAGGCCAAGGCCAUGGCGGAGAUCCUCCGUUAUUUCAACUGGACCUACGUCUCCACCGUGGCGUCGGAGGGCGACUACGGCGAAACGGGCAUCGACGCCUUCCAGCAGGAGGCCCGCUCUCGCCAGAUCUGCAUCGCCACCUCUGCCAAGGUGAGCCGCUCCAUGAACCGGCAGGGCUUUGAGAACGUGAUCCGCUCCCUGCAGCAGAAGUCCAACGCCAAGGUGGUCAUCCUGUUCACCCGCAGCGAAGACGCGCGGGAGCUCCUGGUAGCGGCUGCCCGUAUGAACGUGUCUUUCAUCUGGGUGGCCAGCGACGGCUGGGGGGCGCAGGAGAGCGUGGUGAGGGGCAGCGAGAUGGCGGCGGACGGAGCAUUCACCAUCGAGCUGGCGUCUUAUCCCAUCAGGGAGUUCGAGGACUACUUCACCAAACUCAACCCGUACACCAACGCCAGGAACCCGUGGUUCAAAGAGUUCUGGGAGCACCGCUUCAGCUGCAGCCUCCAGCAGCACGGCUGCAGCGAGCGCAGCCUCAGAGACGGAACCUUCGAGCAGGAGUCCAAGAUCAUGUUUGUGGUCAAUGCGGUCUACGCCAUGGCCUACGCGCUGCACAACAUGAGGCAGGCCGUGUGCUCCAACACCUCCAAGGUGUGCGACGCCAUGAAGCCUGGCAACGGAAAACGCUUCUACAAGGAGUUCAUCCUGAAGACCAAGUUUGAAGCUCCGUUCCGGCCCGCCGAAACAGAGAACAUGGUGCGCUUCGACUCUGUGGGCGACAGCAUCAGCCGUUACAACAUCUUUCACUACCACAAAGAAGACGGGAAGUUCACCUACAGGAAAGUGGGCUACUGGGACCAGAACCUGACUCUGAACAACACACUGGUCCACUGGCGGGGCCUGGUGGCGCCCACAUCCCAGUGCAGCGACCCCUGCAAGAAGAACGAGGUGAAGAGCAUGCAGCCCGGAGACGUCUGCUGCUGGAUCUGCAUCCCCUGUCAGCCCUACCAGCACCUGCAGGAUGAGUUCACCUGCGCCGAUUGCGGCUUCGGCCAGUGGCCUCUAAACAACCUGACGGGCUGCUACGACUUGCCGGAAGAGUACAUCCGUUGGGAGGACGCAUGGGCCAUCGGGCCCGUCACCAUCUCCUGCUUGGGAAUCAUGUGCACCCUGUCAGUAGUGGGGCUCUUCUUUAAGAACAACGAGACCCCCGUAGUGAAGGCGAGCGGCCGCGAGCUCUCCUACAUCCUCCUGCUGGGAGUCCUCAUGUGCUACAGCAUGACGUUCAUCUACAUCUCCAAACCUUCCACCGCCGUCUGCACCCUCCGCCGCCUGGGCCUGGGCACCUCCUUCGCCGUGUGCUACUCGGCCCUCCUCACCAAGACCAACCGCAUCGCUCGCAUCUUCAGCGGCGUGAAGGAAGGCGCACAGCGGCCUCGCUUCAUCAGCCCGGCCUCCCAGGUGGCCAUCUGCGGCGCCCUCAUCUCCUGCCAGCUGCUGGUGGCCGUCAUCUGGCUCCUGGUGGAGGUGCCCGGCGUUAGGAAGGAGGCGAGCCCCGACAGGAGAGACGUGGUCACCCUCAAGUGCAACAGCAGAGACUCCAGCAUGCUCCUGUCGCUCACCUACAACUGCAUCCUCAUCGUCCUCUGCACCGUCUACGCCUUCAAGACGCGCAAGUGCCCGGAGAACUUCAACGAGGCCAAGUUCAUCGGCUUCACCAUGUACACCACCUGCAUCAUCUGGCUCGCCUUCCAGCCAAUCUUCUACGUCACGGCCAGCGACUACAGGGUGCAGACCACCACCAUGUGCAUCUCGGUCAGUCUGAGCGGCUCUGUGGUUCUGGGCUGCCUCUUCGCUCCUAAGAUCCACAUCAUCCUGUUCCAGCCUCAGAAGAACGUGUCCACGCUGCGGGUCACAACCAACCGCUUCAGUGCCACCGUGUCGGCCUCCGCCUCCGCCUCUGCCUCCGCCUCCGCCCCCAGCUCCAGUUACUCCAAAGGGUCGGCUUCAAACUACGUGCCAGCGGUUUGUAACGGCCGUGAGGUGCUGGACUCCACAACUUCCUCUUUGUGAGAACCUUCCGCUGUCCUCAGUGAGGCCAGGUCGCCAUGGCGUGCAGCAAAAGUUGGGAUGAGAUAUUUGUGUCUUGUUAUGCAACCAAAAAAUAAUUUGCGACCAAAAAAACAUUUAAAAAAAAUAUACAAUACAAUAAAAAUGGAUUCAAAAUUGCCAGUUAAUUUCCCCCCAAAAAUAUUUUGGUUGCUAAUCAUUUUUUUAUUGUUACAAAUACUUUUAUUUGGUAAUGAAUCCUUUUUAUUUUUUAUUAUAAACCUUUUUUUGCUUAUAAAUAUGUUUUUUUGUUGCGACUCAUUUUAUGUAGUAUAAAUAUUUUCUGGGUUAUAAAUCAAAAUUGUUAUAAUAAUUAUUUUUUUAUAGAAAAUUAUUUUGUGGCUCAAUAAUCACUUUUUUGGUUGCAAUUUUUUGAGGGGUUCCAAAUAUUGUUUUGGUUAUAGUUUUUUGGCUAUCCAUCAUUUUUUGCUUAAAAAUAUUUUUUGUUAAAUUUGUUUUGGUUAUCAAUUAGUUCUUUUGGUUGCACUUUUUUGGGGGUCACAAAUAUUUGUUUUGUUAUAAAUAGUUUUGGGGUUUUUUUAAUGGUUUUUUUGGGUUACUCUUACUGAUUCACCUUAUAAAACCAUUUUGGGGUUUUUAAAUUGUUAAUUUUUUUGGUUAGAAUCCAUUUUUUUUGGUCGCAUUUUUUUUGGGAGGGAAUUACUACAAUUUUUGGGGGUUAUGACUUUUUUUGGUUGAAUAUCUUUUUUUGGCUAUGAGGCAACAUCAAACUUCCUAAAAACAAUGUUGGAAGCCUUUUUAUUGGUCAGUAUCUAUGUAAGUAGUCCCAGUCACAGCCAUGUCUAGGCUAUUAUGCAAUGGGUGUUAUUUGGCUUUCUCUGCGACCACGAAAGGGACAAGCAGUAGAAAAUGGAUGGAUGGACUACGUGACCAAUGCAUUUCCAACUUCUCUUUUUUAAUUCCUGUCAUAUUCUGCUAAUUUGGGUCACUUUAUUGAGUUCAUCAACUGAAAUUAUUUUUGGUCAACAGAUCUUCAUUAUUCUGUUAAGACAUUUGAAUUGGAAAGAAUCAGUUUCCACACAGAGCUACAGGAUGUUCAGAAAAUUACGGUGACCAAUAUUGAGGAGGUUCUGCAACGAGGAGAAGCACUUUCUGUUUCUACUCAUCAUUUUUGUUCCAGCCCUCACAUCCAUACUGUAA